ACGUGCUGCUGUACGUGAACGCGUUUCUAGUCAACUUCAACCGACUCGGCGACAGCAAGACGCUAGCACUGCGAGGAAAGCAUACGACAAAGAAAAAUGUCGACGAGAGAUACGGACCGUAUUUCAUCAGCGCAGCAGACACUAGACGUCCUUCACGACAUAUCGCAGCUAUUAAAUACACAACUGGAUAAGGAGACCCUUGCUACUUGUAUAAGCAUGAUCGAGAGUGGUGUGAAUCCAGAGGCAUUAGCGGCGGUUAUACAGGAGCUGAGACGAGAGAGUGCGACUUUACAGACGCAACAGACGGCCACAGGACGUAAAUAGUUGGAUUCUUCCAAUGAAUCACUUGUAGCACUGGUGUUGGGUUUUUCAAGUUAAGCCGCGAUUUCGGUCUUGACUUUUGAAAGGCAUAUAGACACUUACAGAGCCGAAGACGGAUCAUAUGAGCUGAAUACGGGAGAAUCGAAAUUAAAGCGGAGUUCGUUUG